CAGAAACCCUGCGCGCCCAGAGAUAGCGAUAGAAAAUGCCGCGUUAGAGAUUCAAAGAAAUGAGAGGGAGGAAGAGAGGACGAUGGGGAAUUAGAGGUUUGAGGGAAUAGGACUGUCGAUGUUUCUCUUCUCUCUUCUGAGUUAACGACGUUCUCUACCUGAAAUAACAGAAGUAUGCUAUCAGAGGCGAAUCAUUGGCGUGCGUCUCUCUACGAGCGGCUGUCCGUGUUCGAGCCAAAUUAACUACAAAACGGAAUAACGGUUUUUAUGCACCCGGACGAGACGUGAGUUAGUUACCAACAAUGUGGUGCAUCAAUUGCGCCUCGGACAAGACCCCUGCCAUUCUUCAUAAUAACAAGCUGAUAUACUGUGUGGAAGAGACUCCACGUGGCGACACAGGCAGUUUCUCUGACAGCACCUGUAGCCGGGGGCCCUACCUGAGCAGCUCUGAUCACCGCUACAGCAGUGGCCCCGGCCCACCGGACCCCCGAUCCCAACACCACCCCCAGGGCCCCCCGGUGGCCCCCCCCAGUCCUGCCUCCCUGGCCUGGGUCCAGAGGACCCGGUAUCAGCCUGCCAGCCUGGCGCUCCGGAAGCAGGAGGAGGAGGACAACAAGCGCUGCAAAGCCCUGUCCGACAGCUAUGAGCUCUCCACAGACCUACAGGACAAGAAGGUGGAGAUGCUGGAGAGGAAGUAUGGCGGUUACUUCCUGAGUCGGCGGGCGGCGCGCACCAUCCAGACGGCGUUCCGUCAGUACCGCAUGAACAAGAACUUUGAGCGGCUGAGAAGCUCUGCCUCCGAGAGCAGGAUGACUCGGCGCAUCAUCCUGUCCAACAUGAGACUGCAGUACUCGUUUGACGAGCGGCAGGGCCAGCCCCAGGGACAGGGCCAGACCCAGGGACAGGGCCAGCCACAGGGACAGGGCCAGCCACAGGGACAGGGCCAGACCCAGGGACAGGGCCAGCCCCAGGGCCAGGGGGGACAGAGGUACCCCCACCCUGGAAGGGGGCAGCCUGGGGAUGGAGAGAUGGAGGCUGGGUCUCCUCCACUGUGCCAGGGGGACAUAGAGUACACGCACCUGGAUGAGACCUUCUCCAAACAGGUGAAGUCCCUGGCUGACUCCAUCGAUGAUGUCUUGACCUGUCAGUCUGGCGUGGAAGACUUUCAGGAGGAGGAGGAAGAGGAGGAGGAAGGUGACGGAGGCGAGACAGGGGUGGUGGCGGACGACUUUGGAGAGUGUGUUUGGAGACCGAGGGAGGGAGACAGACAGAGGGGCGCAGGAAGAGGAAGAGGAGGAGAGAGACAGAGCAUGCACGAGGACAGCAUAGCCACCUCCUACAGUGACGUGACCCUCUACAUUGAUGACCCCUCCUCGCCCCUGUCCCUGGACCGCGGCCCCAGCAGCACUGACACAGAAUACUGGAGCCCUGGAGUGGGUGGCGUUGGGGUGGGGGGGCGUGAAGACAGCCGGGACACAGAGGGCGGGGGCAGCAGUAACAGCCGACGCAGCACCCCCUGUACAGAGUGUAGAGACUACAGCCUGAGAGGAGCUCACCUGCCCCUGCUGACCAUCGACCCCCCUAGCGACAGCUCUGUUGAUAUGAGUGACCGCUCGGAUAGAGGUUCGAUAGGUAGACUGGUCUACGAGACAGAGCCAGGGGGAGGUGGGGGAGGAGGGGGGGAAGGGAGGUCGCCUCACGGCACUAUUAAACACAACCCCCACCCAAACCCCCACCCCAACCCCAACGGGCGCUCUGCCCCCACACACCCCCAGGCCCAAGGCCAGACUCGUACUGUGCUCCCUCACCGCCCCCACCCCUCGGCCAUUCCCUCCCACCUGCCCUACCACACUAUCCUACACCACCACCAUCAGAUCCCGCACCACACCCAGCACCCCCACCACCCGUACCCCGACACUCCCUCUUCGUCCUCCCAGUCCCCGCAGGGACAACCCCUCACCCCUCUGUCUUCCUCCUCAUCCACCACACUGCCCCCUGGUGGCCUGGAGCAGGUAUGCUGUUCGGAUGGAGACAACGACUCUCUCAACUCCACCACCAACUCUAACGAUACCAUCAACUGCUCCUCCGGGUCCUCAUCACGAGACAGCCUCCGGGAGCCCCUCCCACCGCUCGGGAAACAGACCUAUCAGAGAGAGAGCAGACAAAGCUGGGAUAGCCCCGCCUUUAACAACGACGUGGUGCAGAGACGACAGUACCGCAUCGGACUCAACCUGUUCAACAAGAAGCCAGAGAAGGGUAUACAGUACCUGAUAGAGAGAGGCUUCGUAUCGGACACACCGGUAGGCAUCGCCCGCUUCAUCCUGGAGAGGAAAGGACUGAGCAGACAGAUGAUAGGAGAGUUCCUGGGUUGCAGACAGAAACAGUUCAACAAGGACGUACUGGAUUGUGUGGUAGAUGAGUUGGACUUCUCAGGGAUGGAUCUAGAUGAUGCCCUCAGGAAGUUCCAGGCUCAGAUUAAAGUCCAGGGGGAGGCCCAGAAGGUGGAGAGACUGAUCGAGGCUUUCAGUCAGCGGUACUGUGUGUGUAACCCGGUACUGAUCCGACAGUUCCAGAACCCUGACACCAUCUUCAUCCUGGCCUUCGCCAUCAUCCUCCUCAACACAGACAUGUACUCUCCCAACGUCAAGCCGGAGAAGAAGAUGAAGCUGGAAGAUUUCAUCAAAAACCUCAGAGGAGUGGAUAAUGGUCAGGACAUUCCCAGAGACCUGUUAGUAGGAAUCUACCGUCGGAUAGAGAAAUGGGAGCUACGCACCAACGAUGACCACGUGUCUCAAGUACAGGCUGUGGAGAGGGUGGUCGUCGGCAAGAAGCCCGUGCUCUCGCUGCCACACCGCAGAUUGGUGUGUUGCUGUCAGCUUUACGAGGUGCCUGACCCGAACAGAAGCCAGAGGACUGGAGUCCACCAGAGAGAAGUCUUCCUCUUCAACGACCUGCUCGUGGUAACCAAGAUCUUCCAGAAGAAGAAAACCUCUGUGACAUACAGCUUCAGACAGUCAUUCCCCCUGGUCGAGAUGCAGGUCCACAUGUUCCAGAACCAGCACUAUCCCCACGGUAUCCGUCUGACGUCGGCCAAUCCUGGCGGGGAGAGGAAGGUUCUGAUUGUAUUAAAUGCUCCAAGUCAGCAGGACAGAACACGCUUCACCUCCGACCUGAGAGAGAGCAUCACUGAGGUGACGGAGAUGGAGAAAUACAGGGUGGAGUCGGAGUUGGAGAAGCAGAAAGGGGUGGUGAGACCUGUUGUGGGCGGGGCUGGCGGUGGUGGUCUGGGCAGUGGCUUGAAGGGCGAGGCGGUGAAUGGCACUCUGGGUAGACCCAGUCUGGAUGACAGCUAUGCCUCCGCAGACGGACUCAAACGUACCGCGCUCAGCUCAUCACUGAGAGACCUAUCAGACACAGGGAAGCGGGGGCGCCGAAACAGUGUUGGCUCCUUGGACAGCACAAUGGAAGGUUCCAUCAUUAGCAGUCCCAGGCCUCAUCAGCGCCCCCACAUGGCUGGAGGUGUAAUGCCACCCGGCAGCUAUGACAUCCAAGACUACCGGCCUCACCGCCCCAUCCUGAGCCCCGGAAUGGGGGUGGGGGUGGGCCGGGGCUAAAUCACAAUACCGCUACUGGGACGACG